AUGGUAUCAGAAGGAAUGUUUGUCAAUGGGUAUCAGAAGGAAGGUUUGUCAUUUGGUAUUCGGAGAAAGGUUUGUCAUUUGGUAUCAGAAGGAAGGUUUGUCAUUUGGUAUCAGAAGGAAGGUUUGUCAUUUGGUAUUCGGAGAAAGGUUUGUCAUUUGGUAUCAAAAGGAAGGUUCGUCAUAUGGUAUCAGAAGGAAGGUUUGUCAUUUGGUAUCAGAAGGAAGGUUUGUCAUUUGGUAUUCGGAGAAAGGUUUGUCACUUGGUAUCAGAAGGAAGGUUUGUCAUUUGGUAUCAGAAGGAAGAAAAAAUCAGCCUCCCGUGAGAUUCAAGAGCUGAUUGAGAAAGUCAGCCCUGAUAAAAUGAUGCAACAGGCCAAACAGUGGAAACCUACCUACGUGGAUCAAGACAACACGACACGGAGAAAAAGGCAAACGCCUGCCUCAACGUCCAAUAGCACUUCAUCAUCCAAAAUGCGAUCCACAAACUUUUUAGACGACUUUAACAUGGAUUCCAACAUGACGUACCUCAGAAGUUGCGCACAGAACACAUUUUAUGCCAAGAUGUGUGAUGACUGCUGGGAAGGAGAGUCAGAGAGCUCUACAUUGUACCAAAAUGAAGAGCAGUUUCGGGAUCUUUUCAGUUUUCAGAAUAAGUCAAUACGUUCAGCCCUUGGUCAUCAGAUACAAGACAUGAUGCUGCAGUGUUCGUUUGCUGGCCGGAAAUGCGUGCAGAGCAACUUCACCCAGAUACAGUCAGCGGUCUACGGGAAUUGCUACACAAUCGAGUACGACAAGUUUAUAGCCAGGAAAAGUGGCCCUUCUGCAGGCCUGGAGCUGACCCUCUUCCUUGAGACAAGCGAAUACAUCCCUGGCAUCACCAACGGUAAAGGCCUGCAACUGGUCGUCCACGAGCAGGGCACGGUGCCCUUUCCUGAAGACGAGGGCAUCGCUAUCAAUCCAGGCACACAGACACUCAUUGGGUUGAGGAUGGUAAAAAUAACCCGUCUUGGUGAACCGUACGGACCUUGUAUUUCAACGAGCACUUUUGAAGUGAAAUACGGGAUAAAGUAUACAAGAAAUGCCUGCCAACGAAUCUGUGAACAACAACAGAUUAUCGAUACAUGUCAAUGUGUAGACGCCCUCCACCCCCAGUUGAUUAUCUACAUGAACGCCACGAACGUCCAACCCUGCAACAACAUCACGCAAAUGAUGUGUGUCACAGAGGUCGAGUUCAACUACAACGCUAGUGAGGACAAGUGUGGGUGUGCCAGUCCUUGCAGGUGGGUCGUGUGUCUGCAGGUGGGUCGUGUGCCUGCAGGUGGCUCUUGUGUCUGCAGUGAAAGCCUGUACGAGAAAACGAUAUCGCCCAGACAAUGGCCCAGUCCAUCUUUUGCUUCAAUCCUUUUGGAGAGCAUUUGUCAAGACAGGUCUCCAGAAACUUGCAGCAAGCUCAGGAACAUGUCAGACAAUGAAUUACUCGGCGAGUUUGUGAAACUGAAUAUCUUUUUCGAAGAUCUCAACUACGAGGAGUUGUCUGAGCAAGCAGAUUACACAAGCGUAAACCUACUCUCAGACAUUGGCGGUACUAUAGGCCUGUGGAUCGGGCUGUCUGUCUUGAGCCUGUUUGAGCUCAUUCAUCUGGCGUCGUCGUUGGUCUACUACAUCCUGUGUGGGAGGUGGAGGGCAAAGGAGGACGGGAAAUAUGGCACUGACUGACAGAAGGAAUA